UUUAACAGUGUAUUUGCAAACCCAGCCUCCGCCUGCUACUUUGUGUGCGCACCGAUUCACCAUCGCUUUGUAAGCAAAGAUGCAAGCUUUGGUAACGAAACCGACACCACACGCAUUCCUUCAUCAUGUCAAUGACCAACUAAUACCGUUCUUGCAAGUUCGCGGGCGAUGCGCACUAAGACCUCGACAUCAUCGGAAUGUUGCACUGCGCGCGUUGCCGCUGCCGCCGCUGGAGCUUGCACCAGUGUUUGGACACCCGGGCGCGCUGACCGGAAUCGCCUACAACAGCGCCGUGUUCGGGCUGGGCUACAAGGUGCUGCGCAAGGGCCUGACGCCGGCGGGCGUGGCGCACGCCUGGUUCCUGGGCUCGGCCGUGUUCGCGGCGUUCGGCGCGGGCGGCUACAUGCUGGUGUGCCUGUACUUUAUAUUCGGGACGCUGGUGACCAAGCUCAAGCUCGAACAGAAGCAACGAGAGGGAAUCGCAGAGGCGCGGUCAGGGCAGCGCGGCCCUAGCAGCGUGUGGGGCUCCGGUAUCGCGGGCGUGGCCUGCGCGCUGCUGGCACUGGGUACCGGCAACUUCGAGCUGUGGCAGAUCGGCUUCGUGGCCAGCUUCUGCAGCAAGCUGUCCGACACGGUGUCCAGCGAGGUGGGCAAGGCGUACGGCAAGACCACCUACCUCAUCACCACCUUCCAGCUGGUGCCGCGCGGCACGGAAGGCGCGGUCAGCGUGGAGGGCACGGCGGCGGGCAUCCUGGCGGCCUUCCUGUUCUCGGCGGUGGCGCUGUUGGCCGGGCAGGUCCCUGACCUGGCGGCUGCGGGUGUGGUGGGCGGCGCCGCGGUGGUGGCCAACCUGGCGGAGAGCUACCUGGGUGCCAGCGUGCAGGGGCGGCUGCCCUGGCUCACCAACGACCUGGUCAACAUGCUGCAGAUCAGUCUGGCGGCGGCGCUGGCGGUAGCGGCGAACCAGGCGCUGCUAGGGUAGAGGGAGGAGCAGGGGCGGGUGGGUUUUGGGAGGGAGGUGGGGAGAUGUGAAUAUGUGAUGGCGGUGGCGGACAGUUCCGGAUGGUGCGUGUCCUGGUAAGGGCGCAGAGGCAGAGGCGCGCAAGCGCAGUGAUACGGUGCGGGAGCGCGCAGGAGUUGAAGGAUGGCGGCAUAUUGCGAGUGGAGACGGGAGGGUGUGGCGCUGUGGUGUAGAUUGGGCUUUCGUGCAACGGCGGCAGCAAUUCUGCCUGAGGCACAAGGACAUCAAAAGGAUGCUUGGACUGCGCAAUGGCCCACAAUACGGUGACGUUCAAGCUUUGCUAGCCCCAGGCUGCUAGGUCCAGUUGCGGAGUUACCCCUGCAGUGCCGUGCUCCCUGAGGUAAUCGAUGGCGCCUCAUGCUAAUGCUGCAAUGCCGGCUUGCGGUGGCCACCAGGGUUCUCCAGCCAGGAGCAAUCCAGGACUUUUUAGGGGUUAGGGCAAAAAGCGCAGGAGAUUUUUUGGGGAUCCCUCCUGCGGAGCAGGAGGGAUUAGGCCCCCGCCAGGGGGCCGCUCCUGGCAUGGGUAGGAGGGCCUGGCGGGCCCUCCUCCUGGCUGCCAGGAGCAUUUCAGGCUAAGACCAUAGGUGCACUCCUGCACCCCAAGCAAGGGCCCGAGGGGUCGAGGUGUCCCCAUCGACAAGAACGCAUUCCUCAGCAAAACAUGCAUGUUUUUAUGGGGUUUGGGGGGCUGAUUCUCGCGAAAUUUCUCGGGCUAGGGGAGAAGCCCGGGCUAGGGGGAAAAACCCCUCAUCCCUGGUCGGUACAAAUGGUGGCAUAUGGCGGACUGUCCCUUCUUUGUAAUAUCGCAACCAUAUGGCAGCGACGGGGCGUCAGUAUUUAUGGGCAAGCACAACGGUGCAGUGGUUAGGUGAAGGAGCUCUGCUUUUUGGUUACCGUGCAUUGCCUUGCCCAUCGCAUAGCGCUAGAGGAGGGUGGUGACCUGACGCUGGCGAAUGAGUUGGACCUGGAGGAGCUGGGCUGGGGUUCUGAAGGUAUACGUGGCUGUACGUGGUGGCGGAAGUGAAGCGCACGUAACAUGACUGAGGCCAGCUAUCCAA